AUGUACCAGGUCCAGCAGGAGAAUCGACCUCUGCUGAGUCCGUCCAUCGAUGACUUCCUGUCAGAGAGCCGGGGCGACGCCCCUUCUACCCUCACCUCCAACACCGCAGGGGGGGGUUGGAGGAGGGAGGAAGAGAAGCGUUCCUCCUCAGGCUCCAGGAGCCCUCGGCGCCGGGCCAGACCAGACGAGACGGAGCUCAUCCAGGUGGAGGUGGAACAUCUGCCUGCCAGCCCCAGAACCCCCGAGAGGGUCUCCCUGGACUCAGUCCCUGUGUCUGCAGGCGGUCGGUCCUCCCCUCUGGACAAAUGGGAUGCGGUCAACCUGGACGUGGAGGACGGGGGACACAGGAGGAGACCGGAGGAGAGAUCCACCUCCAGAGAACUGCUGUGGUCUGCAGAGUUAAAAACAAAGAACUCCUUCGACGUCCACGAGCUGGACACCCCAUCCCCCCCACAGGACGUUGCUGCCUCCAGACGGACUCGUUCCCUCUUCGGUAGAAACGAGUCUCUGGAGGACGAGUUUGUCAGAGCGAAGGCUGCAGUGGAGUCGGACACAGAGUUCUGGGACAAGAUGCAGGCCGAGUGGGAGGAGCUGGCCCGGAGGAACUGGCUGGAGGACUCUGAGGGCCCGGGGUCCCCCCCGCCCAGCGACUCGCCUGUGGAGAUGGCGUACUCCUUCAGCCCCAACAACCCGUACCUGGACUGGCCCAGCGCCUUCGCUGAGGGCCAGGAGAGGGCCGGCGGCGGGGACCUGAGGGCCGGCGUGCUGCUGCUGGAGGCCGCCGUGCUGCAAGACCCCCAGGACUCUGAGGCCUGGCAGCUUCUGGGUACGACGCAGGCGGAGAACGAGAACGAGCCGGCGGCCACGGCGGCGCUGCAGAGGUGUCUGGAGCUCCGCCCCCACAACCUGCCGGCUCUGAUGGCGCUGGCCGUGAGCUUCACCAACAGCGGGCUGCAGCGGGAGGCGAGCGGCGCGCUGCGGCACUGGAUCUCACACAACCCGCGGUACAAGGACCUGGUCCUGGACCCCCGGAGUCCACCGAGGGGGAACCGGACCCCCACAGCCAGUGCUGAGCUGCAGGACGUGCUGGUCCUCUUCCAGGAUGCGGUCUUCCUGAAUCUGGACUCUGUGGAUCCAGACCUGCAGACCGGACUCGGGGUUCUCUUCAACCUCAGCUGUGACUUCAACAGAGCGGUGGAGGCUUUCAGUGCAGCGCUGUCAGUGAGACCCCAGGACUACCUGCUGUGGAACCGUCUGGGGGCCACCUUGGCCAACGGGGCCCGCAGUGAGGAGGCGGUGGAGGCCUACACCAGAGCCCUGGCCCUGCAGCCCGGCUUCAUCCGGUCCAGAUACAACCUGGGGAUCAGCUGCCUCCACCUGGGGGCGCACAGGGAGGCGGUCAGUAACUUCCUGGCGGCCCUGAACCAGCAGAAGAGCUGCAGCCGUCAGCAGAUGUCGGAGGUCAUCUGGACCGGCCUCCGGACCGCCGUCUCCACGAUGGACCGAGCCGAGCUGCUGGAGGCCGCCGAGGCCGGAGACCUGGACCUGCUGACCAGGGCCUUCCACGGGGGCCACGCCUGAGGGGGUCUCAUGUGGACUGUGGGGUCUCAUGUGGUCUCAUGUGGACUGUGGGGUCUCAUGUGGUCUCAUGUGGACUGUGUGGACUCUGGGGUCUCAUGUGGACUCUGGGGUCUCAUGUGGACUGUGGGGUCCCAUGUGGACUGUGGGGUCUCAUGUGGUCUCAUGUGGACUGUGUGGACUCUGGGGUCUCAUGUGGACUGUGGGGUCUCAUGUGGUCUCAUGUGGACUGUGUGGACUCUGGGGUCUCAUGUGGACUCUGGGGUCUCAUGUGGACUGUGUGGUCUCAUGUGGACUGUGUGGUCUCAUGUGGACUGUGGGGUCCCAUGUGGUCUCAUGUGGACUCUGGGGUCUCAUGUGGACUCUGGGGUCUCAUGUGGUCUCAUGUGGACUGUGUGGACUCUGGGGUCUCAUGUGGACUCUGGGGUCUCAUGUGGACUGUGUGGUCUCAUGUGGACUGUGUGGUCUCAUGUGGACUGUGGGGUCCCAUGUGGUCUCAUGUGGACUCUGGGGUCUCAUGUGGACUCUGGGGUCUCAUGUGGACUCUGGGGUCUCAUGUGGACUGUGGGGUCUCAUGUGGUCUCAUGUGGACUCUGGGGUCUCAUGUGGACUGUGGGGUCCCAUGUGGUCUCAUGUGGACUCUGUGGUCUCAUGUGGACUCUGGGGUCUCAUGUGGACUCUGGGGUCUCAUGUGGUCUCAUGUGGACUCUGGGGUCUCAUGUGGACUGUGGGGUCUCAUGUGGACUCUGGGGUCUCAUGUGGACUGUGGGGUCUCAUGUGGUCUCAUGUGGACUCUGGGGUCUCAUGUGGACUGUGGGGUCUCAUGUGGUCUCAUGUGGACUCUGGGGUCUCAUGUGGACUGUGGGGUCUCAUGUGGUCUCAUGUGGACUCUGGGGUCUCAUGUGGACUGUGGGGUCUCAUGUGGUCUCAUGUGGACUGUGGGGUCUCAUGUGGUCUCAUGUGGACUGUGGGGUCUCAUGUGGUCUCAUGUGGACUCUGGGGUCUCAUGUGGACUGUGGGGUCUCAUGUGGUCUCAUGUGGACUGUGGGGUCUCAUGUGGUCUCAUGUGGACUCUGGGGUCUCAUGUGGACUGUGGGGUCUCAUGUGGUCUCAUGUGGACUGUGGGGUCUCAUGUGGACCCUCUGGAACCAAAGACUCGUUGUAUCACAACCCUUUAACUUCCUGUCUCCUGGGGGCGGAGCCUCUCAACCCACAGGUGUUUUCUAUUCGCUCCGAGCCUGAAGCCUCUUGUUGUUGUUUACCUGCUGAGCCUGAAGCCUCUUGUUGUUGUUUACCUGCCUCUUGUUUUGAAUGCUGCUCCUCGUUUGUCAAUAAAACCCAAACAAUGUA